GAGGCAGUGGCAUUUGAUAUGACCACGCCUGCAAGUCCAGGUUUAGUUAAAGAAUAUGCCUAUAAUUGCCCGUGGUGCAAGGGACAGUCAACUACGAAGAUCCGAGGUGCUUGGCCAAUAUCGACGCCGAUAUCGUGGGAUAAAUAUUAUAUUGAUGAAGUUUAUGGAAACAGGACAACAAUUGGUAGUGGUAUAGCAGCAGGAGUAACAAUUGGUGUAUUUUUUACUGUAUUUUUGUUAACGUUCGGAUGUCGCUUGUAUAAUGCUCGCAUUGAACGAAUUGAACGCGAGGAGGCCGAACGAACGAUGCGAAAUACCAUUGUUCACCGGGAAGAUUUUAUACCACAUAUGUGGAGCUGUGGUUUACCGGCUGAUCCUCCACCACCUUACGAAUUGGCGAUAACGAUGCCUCGACGUGAAUCACCGCCGCCACCAUUACUGACCGACUCCUCAUCAACGUGUUCGAUUAAUUCUGAACAGCAGCGUCAACGAAACUAG